UGCAGAAAGUUGGUGACUUCUGUGCACUGUGCGCUUCAGCAUGCGCUGACCCCUCUCUGUCAUUUUACAUGGCCUACCACUUCGUGGCUGAGUUGCUGUUGUUCUCAGUUGCUUCUAAGUAGAAGUGUUAUAAUACCACUAACAGUUGACUAUGGAAUAUUUUGUAGCAAGGAAAUUUCACAAAUUGACUUAUUGCACAGGUGGCAACCUAUCACAGUACCACGCUUGCAUUCGCUGAGCUCCUGGGAGAUACCCAUUUUUUCACAAAUGUUUGUAGAAGCAGUCUGCAUGCCUAGGUGCUUGAUUUUAUACACCUGUGGCCAUGUAGGUGAUUGGAACACCUGAAUCCAAUGAUUUGGAGUAGCGUCCCAAUACUUUUGGCAACAUAGUGUGUGUGUGU